AAAAUUCUGGAGUAGCUUCCCUUGAUUUAGGUCACCUUAGUGUUGUAUUAGAAAAUGGCAGACUCAAAACAUGUAGAAAUUGACCCUGUGAUGGAAAAACCCUUUCAAAGAGCUAAACGACUAGAGCGGAUGGAUUGGUUUAAGAAGUCAGCAUAUCCUCCAAUGGAGAUAGAACCAGUACCAUUGGAAAGAAAUCGAUUAAGCGGAGAGGGUUUGACACCUGAGUUAAGAGCACUUCGUAAACAGUGGGUAAAUGAUCAAGUUCUGCAUCACGAUGCAAGACAAGUACCUGAACUACAACCCUGCAACAUAUUUAGAAAGCUGUACAAAAAGCCUGCAGACUUGAUUUUUUAUAAACUAGUUAAAGCAAUUUUUGGCACUGAGACUGCCAGUGCAGUGAGGACUACCGUCCCCAAGUUACUGAUGCUCUUUGGUGCCUCCUACUUUGUCUGGUACCAUUUGAAAUAUCAUCGCAUGGACUGGACGAGAAAUGGAGGAGUUUAUAUCUAUCAAGCCAAACCUACACUUUUGUGCGCUGAAGCCCAGAAUGUCCCUGAUAAAGACAAGACGGAUUUCUUUGACCAAGGCUUUAAAAGCAGGAAAGUGUUAUUGUAUGGGCACACCUCCAGUUCAGCACGCCCAUGUCAUUAGAUGUUGUAGUUAGAUUUCUUCUGCUGUGCUCACAGACAAAUACAUUUUAGAUUUGACCCAAUUCAGUCUUGUCCUUGAGUAACUUAAGUCUUGCUGUAUUUGUCUUUUGAUAAAACAAUCUUUGAAAGUCCCA